CUGUUCGGACACGCCCGCGAAAACGGAUACGGCCAAGGCGCGUCACUGGGAGCGCUGGCCCCCGCGGGCGUCGCGGCGACGGUCAUCUAUGUGCUGUUCAUCGGGCUGCCCAUCGUGGCGCUGCUGGUGCGGGCGGGACAGCAGGAUGGGUUCCUGGCGGGACUGACGGGAGGGUUGGUGGUUCAGGCGCUGCGCCUGACCGUCGUGACGAGCCUCGUGAGCAUGGUAGUCGUAGUAGUGGUGGGAACGCCCUUUGCCUUGCUGCUGGCCCGGAGGCGGUCGACGGUGUUACGGGUGAUCGACACCUUCGUCGAGCUGCCCAUCGUGCUGCCGCCGGUGGUGGCCGGCGUGGCGAUGCUCAUGGCCUUCGGGCGGAACGGAUUGCUGGGCCCGGCGCUUUCCGCCGCGGGAGUGACGUUGCCGUUCACCACUGCGGCCGUGAUCUUCGCGCAGGUAUUCGUGGCCGCGCCCUUCUACAUCCGGGCAGCGCGCAUUGGGUUCGCCGGGGUUGAUCCGACCUACGAGGAAGUGUCGCAGACCCUGGGGGUUUCGCCGUGGGCGACGUUCUGGCGGCUGACGCUGCCGGUGGCGUGGCCGUCGCUGCUGACCGGACUGACGCUGGCGUGGGCGCGGGCGGUGUCGGAGUUCGGCGCGACGAUCAUGUUCGCCGGGAACCUGUCGGGGCGCACGCAGACCAUGCCGCUGGCGAUCAUGACCGCCAUGGAGUCGAGCCUGGGGUCGGCGCUGGCACUGUCGGUUCUACUGGUGGCGAUAUCCGCUGUGGCGCUGGCGGCGUUGAGCUUCCUGCUGCGGCGAAACGGGAGCACGGCAUGA